AUGAUCCCAGUGCCGUGCGAGACUUCAUGGCCACAUUCCUUCCCCGGCGUCAAGCCAGAGUUCCGCGACGCGCGCGCGCCCGCCUCCUCAUCGUUCGAGCCUCUCCUUCGCCGCCGCGGGUCUCUAGAGCCAGACCGCCGCGCAGUCGUCCUUCUUAACAAGGCAGACCUGGCGGACCCGUCCGAAACCGAGGGGUGGGUGGCGUACAUCAAGAAGCAGAGGAGCUGCCCUUGCGUCACGGUAAACUCACAUAGCAGGGAAAGCAUCAAGGAGGUGCUGAAAGUCGUGCAAGCAAGAAUGAGGGAGAUCAAGCAUGGCGACUGCAAUUGCACGGGAACUGCCCUCCUGGUCGGGAUCCCAAACGUUGGGAAAUCGGCCAUUGUUAAUGCGAUGCAUCAAAUUGGGAGGAUUGCGGCAGCAGAGAAGGGGAAGCUCAAGCAUGCGAUUGUGAGCAGCCAUCUUGGAGAAACCAGAGACAUACGUGGAUACUUCUUUUCCCCCGACCGCCAUAUAUUAGUCUGUGGAUAA